AUGAAUACUGUACUAAUUGUUGGUGCUGGUAUUGUCGGGCUGACACUCGGUCAAGCCCUCAAGCAAAAGAACAUUCCCUUUGAAAUCUACGAACGCGAUGAGACUCCCGAUGCCCGCGGACAGGGGUGGGCCAUUACACUCCACUGGGCCCUGGAGCAUAUGUUCAAAAUGCUUCCUGCAGAGACGCUAGCAAGGAUUCAAGACGUGCAGGUUGACCAGGAGGUUGCGCAGAACGACAAUGGCAACUUUCUGUUCAUUAAUCUCGAGACGGGGGAACCAAAGUUCAGGAUUCCACCGAGUAGACGAUGGCGAGUGAAUCGAGAGAAGAUGCGAAAGGCAUUGCUACAGGGAAUCGAAGAGCAUGUUCACUGGGGUCGACGCGUUGUCGGGCUGCAUGUUUCGCAGGAGAAGGUGGAGGUGGAACUGGUCUUCGCGGACGACACAGCUGUGACAGGGCGGAUGAUCGUCGGUGUUGAAGGGAGUCGAUCAAUGGUCAGGCAGAUACUGCGACCGGAGGCAUUCGAUAAUACACUGCUUCCCAUCAGGUUUACCGGAGUCGCGGUGGAUUUGACGCCAGCGGAGAUCAAACCCUUGCGAGAGAUGGAUCCGUUGUUAUUCCAAGGAUGUCAUCCACCGACUGGGGCAUUUUUCUGGUUUUCCAUGUUAGAAACGCCGCAAGGGAACGGAACGGCCGGCUCUGACUCUGAACGCUAUCGAGCUCAGAUAUGCAUGUCGUGGCCAGUGCGUGGUCCAACAGAUGAAGUCGCGGCGACCGAUGAGGCGCGACUAGUCAACAUGAAACGUCGGGCACAAGGAUUUAUACCUUUCUUGAAAGAAGCGGUCGAUCGUAUUCCAACUGGAACCUCGGUGACAGAGAUCAAACUUGCAGAUUGGGAAUGUCUGCCUUGGGAUAACCGUGGGGGUCGAGUAACCUUGGCUGGAGAUGCGGCGCAUGCAAUGACAAUGUACCGUGGGGAGGCGGCAAAUCAUGGUCUUCUCGAUGCGUACCAUUUGAUGCAAGCUAUUGAAAAGCUCCAUUCCGGUGUCACAACAGCUCAAUCGGCGAUCGACGACUUCGAGCAAGAAAUGAGGACACGAACCAGUCGUGCCGUACGACUCAGUCGACAGGCAUGUCUAGAUGCCCACGAUUGGAGUCGGCUGGAUGAAACAUCGGCCAUCUUGACCAAGCGAGCAAUUUGA